GUCUCUGAGGAGCACCCCUCCUUCUGUUUGUGGUGCCCAGCCCUGUUUUCAGUGCAGAGCUCCUAGUGGAACGGAGAGCGUCCAUCCAUCCAUCCAUCCAUCCAUCUAUCCACCCACUUCUCAGUCCCUCCUCACUGUGAACAUCUGAGAGCUCCAGGAGAGAUCAGCACCAACUUCCUUCGUGCUCUUUCCUCCACCUUCUCUGUCCUCCCUGGUGUGGAAAGCAGGAUUUGCACCCACACACACUCGCUUCCACAGGAGCUCUGCUGUGGUCGGGGAUGGACGUGGUCGUGGAGAAGAUCUGAUCAUCUCCACGGAAGAGGUUCGCGGAGGGAGACUGGUGCUGAGGAGGAGGUUGUUGUAGGAGGACAGAGACCCCGCCGGGAAGCGUCGCUGCUGGACCUUCGAGGAAAGGAGCCGAAAAGAACAGAGAAUUAACGCCUCGAAGCAUCUUUCUACGUGGGCUUUGGUGUGAUCCAAGCGGGCAGCGAUGGAGGAGAACAUGGAAGAGGGACAGACGCAGAAAGGCUGCUUCGAGUGCUGCAUCAAGUGCCUGGGCGGCAUCCCCUACGCGUCGCUCAUCGCCACCAUCCUGCUGUAUGCGGGAGUGGCGCUCUUCUGCGGCUGCGGUCAUGAGGCCCUCUCCGGCACUGUCACCAUCCUGCAGAACUACUUCGAGGUGGUGAGAGGGCCUCUGGACUCCCUGGACGUCUUCACCAUGAUUGACAUCUUCAAGUACGUGAUCUAUGGCGUGGCUGCUGCCUUCUUCGUGUACGGUAUCUUGCUCAUGGUCGAGGGCUUCUUCACCACUGGCGCUAUCCGCGACCUGUACGGCGACUUCAAGAUCACCACCUGCGGCCGCUGCGUCAGUGCCUGGUUCAUCAUGCUGACCUACAUCUUCAUGUUGGCUUGGCUCGGUGUGACAGCCUUUACCUCCCUACCCGUCUUCAUGUACUUCAACAUCUGGACCAUGUGCCAGAACAUCACAGCAGUGGAAGGGGCCAACCUGUGCCUAGAUCUGCGCCAGUUUGGAAUCAUCACCAUGGGUGAAGAGAAGAAAGUCUGCACAGGGUCCGAUAAGUUUCUCAAGAUGUGCGAAUCCAAUGAGCUGGACUUGACGUUCCACCUGUUCAUCUGCGCCUUGGCUGGGGCGGGGGCCGCCGUCAUCGCGAUGGUCCACUACCUCAUGGUGCUCUCAGCCAACUGGGCUUACGUGAAGGACGCGUGCCGCAUGCAGAAGUACGAGGACAUCAAGUCCAAGGAGGAGCAGGAGCUCCACGACAUCCACUCCACCCGCUCCAAAGAGCGCCUCAACGCCUACACAUAAAACGGGCGCGUUCGCGUGUCGCCGACGCGUGUCUGGCUCCUGCUGAGGUCUGGGAGGGCGGGGCGGUGGGCGGGGCAGGGUCCGAGCGUACGGGGGGGGUGUCGCAGCAAGGUAGUCAGGGGGACGCGCGCGUGCGUCUCCCUAGCAACGUUCCUGAGCACAACCCUUUGCCUCUUUCUGGGACUGAGUUUCUCCUCUUCUACUUCUUCUCUUUUCAAUUUACUCCAGAGACAGUUAGUUAGCUGUUAGUUUUUUUAAGCGACUUGCCGUCCUAAUCGAAUCUGCCAUUGAUUUUACCAUUUUAUCCGAGACGCCGUCGGCCGUUGCUGGUAAUAUUUAUUUCUCUUUGUCUGGGAUGGGACAAGGGAAGGGUGCGCUUCACCUCGUUGACCUUCGGACAAACGGAUCCGUGCCGUCCUUAAAACUUCUCAUCCUGCAGAGGCUCGCGAAAAAAAAAAGAAAAAAAAAAACUUCUUUUUUUAUUACAUGACCAAAAUGUGACCAAACUUUUAUAAUUUGCUCAACACUUUCAUAGCAACAAUUUUAAUAAAAAAAAAAUGUACAGGUUGUAGUCUUGCGAAUGCCGCGGUGUUGGGCUGGACGUUAAAAAUUACCCGGAGGUGACUUUUUCUGUACGAUCAAUAGUGUAGCUUCGAUGAAAUAUCGGGAGCGGUUGCCGUUUGUUUCCAGGCUCUGCAGCGUUAGUGCUCAAUAUGUGCGUUUUAUCGUAAUAUUGGUAAUAUUAGUGUUUAUGAAACUAAAGGGAACAAUCUUAUAGGAUGAGGAAGGUUCUUCGGGGGCGGGGGGUUUCGGGGCUGUUUAAUUUUUACUACGCUUUGGCCUACGUUUCACAUUAGACAGUCUUUAGGUGACACUCAUGCAUCACAAGCCAUAUAAUCACAUGCCAAUAGCAUCUUUAUUACAUUUUUUUAGCUUUGUUUUUGUUAAAGGUUUAAUUACAUGCAAAUAACAUUCACACUAUUUUUCUGUUUGUUUAAAACUAACUUUUUAAAAUGCAAUCGCUCAACAGAACAAAGGUUAAUUUUUCAGUACUCUGCACUGUAUAUAUAUAUAUCUCUAUAAAUAUAUACGUAUUUGUCAAACCUUAGAUUUCAGGUCAUUGCAUAUGAGGGGUUAAAGUUCUUGCCGUGGUGAAUCGUUCAUUGAACCAGAUUUUAUUUUUUAAAGAUUAAAAAGCAGGUGAUGGGCGAGCGACGGUGCUGUUUUACAUAAAUUUUUUCUCCCAGUGCAACGGCGAACAUCCCAUUUGAGAGGAAACGACAUUAAAUGUCAUUUUGAAAUAUUACAAAUAUAUAUUAAUAUAUAUAUAUAUACAGUCCUCUCAACUAUGGACCAAACUCGAUGUUUCGGAUCUCGUCUUGCCGACUCGAACCGCUCUAUAAGGGCAGCGCGGCAUCCCAUCGUUUCGUUUGCCUGACAACACCUCUUUUUUUGGUCGGUGUUUUCGGAAAAAGCUCGUUUUCGUGCACUUAUUGGACCAUCGUGAGCUACUUCUUGGUGUUAUGAAGUGCAUUUCCGCUCUGCUCGGGGGCCCGUCUCCAGGCCUCCGUUACUAGUCAUGCAGCAUUGUUUUCUAACAGAACUUGUAUUAGGUAAGACUGUGAAUCUAGGUGUUACAUGUGGCAUGGUUAUGCAUUAAAUGAUAAAUAGAUUUACUGAAUAUUCCUUUUCCCUCUCUUUUUUUACACUGACUGUCCUGCAGGGUCAACCCAUUUUCAAUAUGUGUGCAGUAUUAUGGCUCCUAUGCUAACAGUAUUAUGCUAAGUAUCCUACUAGGUUGUAGUGGUUUGAGUUGUGUCUAUAUAGUUUUGUGAUGAUUUUAAAACCACGUCCGAACUGAUACGUGUAAUGAUGUUACGUAUUCGGUAUUAACCUGACGAUGCGUUCGGCUUCCUCCUCGUAUUAGUCUUUUUUGUACUUUCACGAAGAAUGCUUCAUAGCGGCUGUAAAAUCGACUUGUUUUGUACAUACAUGUGCCAAGAGCUUGACGCUUGCUUUUUUUGAACUGUAGGAACAAACUGCUUGCGUAAAUAAACGAUUAAAGAAACACUUGUGUACUUGUUAA